UGAGAGGCGGAAUCACUACAGCUUCUCCGUGCUUGUAGUUGAUCCUGACAAACAGGACUCCGCACUCGUUCACCCCCAUCGAUGGUGUGUGGACUUAAAUUAUGCGUUUUAAGAUCGACCCGGAUCAAAGAUGCAAUGGAGGUCACUAGUAGUUGGUCUGGUGGUAUUGAGACUCUCCCUCAGCUGUGUGCUGUGGCUAGCCUUCGGACUCGGACCUAACGUUAGCUGGGGGUUCAACUUCCACCUGAGUUUCAGUUUGCACAAAUUAGACUUGUUAUUUAGGGAUGAGAAAGGGACCGACCCCAGGGGUAACUCGUGGUCUCAACAGAUGCACGACCGCAGAUAUGAAGAGACGGCGAGCACCUGUGCAAAUGUUGGAGAGGAGUCACUCAAGAGAUCCUACCUGAGCUUCUUCGAUGGCAACAAGGACGAGUACGUCCGGAGAUACAGCUCCUUCCCAGACACGCUCAAAGCGAAGAUGAAGGGCAUGGCCAGAGACAUGUUCUAUUUUGGAUAUGACAAUUACAUGAAACAUGCCUUUCCCGAGGACGAGCUGAAUCCCAUUGACUGCAAAGGGAGGGGACCAGACGUGUUAAACCCAUCAAACAUCAACAUAAAUGACGUCUUGGGGAACUACUCUCUUACACUGAUUGACACCUUAGACACCUUACUGGUGCUCGGCAAUGUGACAGAGUUCCAGAGAGCUGUCAGGCUGGUUAUAGAUACUGUAUCUUUUGACAAGGACUCAACUGUGCAGGUUUUUGAGGCAAACAUCAGGAUCUUGGGAAGCCUUAUCUCAUCUCACAUCCUGCUGACGGACCCAAAACAUCCAUUUGGCAAGGUGGGCAUUGAAGGUUACGAUAAUGAGCUGCUCCACUUGGCUCAUGACUUGGCUGUCCGCUUACUGCCGGCCUUUGAGAACACCAGCACAGGCAUCCCUUACCCCAGGGUGAACCUGAAGACUGGAGUUCCUCCUGACAGCAUCAAUGAGACCUGUACUGCAGGAGCUGGGUCCCUGCUGGUGGAGUUUGGGAUCUUGAGCCGCCUUAUCGGAGAUUCCACAUUUGAAUGGGUCGCCAGACGAGCUGUGAGAGCUCUGUGGAGCCUGAGGAGCAACGAAACAGGUCUGUUAGGUAAUGUAGUUAAUAUCCAAACAGGCCAGUGGGUUGGCAAGCAGAGUGGUCUGGGAGCUGGUAUGGACUCCUUCUAUGAGUAUUUGCUCAAAUCAUACAUCCUUUUUGGAGAGAAAGAGGACUACAGGAUGUUUCAAGCUGCUUAUGAGAGCAUUCAGAACCACAUGAGGAGAGGUAGAGAGUCAUGCAAUGAAGGAGAGGGUGACCCGCCUCUCUAUGUUAAUGUGAACAUGUUCAGCGGUGAGAUAAUGAACACCUGGAUUGACUCUCUUCAGGCCUUUUUUCCUGGGCUUCAGGUGCUGAAUGGUGAUGUAGAUAAUGCCAUUUGCCUGCACGCCUUCUACUAUGCUAUCUGGAAACGCUUUGGGGCUUUGCCAGAGAGAUACAACUGGCAGCUGCAGGCUCCUGAUGUGCUCUUCUAUCCCUUAAGACCAGAGCUGGUGGAGUCAACCUAUCUGCUCUACCAGGCGACCAAAAAUCCUUUCUAUUUGCACGUUGGAAUGGAUAUUCUUCAGAGCCUUGAGAAAAAUGCCAAAGUCAGAUGUGGGUACGCCACUCUCCACCAUGUUGUGGACAAAUCCAAAGAGGAUCGCAUGGAGAGCUUCUUCCUCAGUGAGACAUGCAAAUACCUUUACCUGCUUUUUGAUGAGGACAACCCACUUCACAAAUCCGAUAACAAGUACAUCUUCACCACAGAGGGCCAUGUUGUGCCUAUAGACAAUCGCUUCAGGGAGAAACAGUGGAAUGACUUGUUUCCUUGUGAAGAGGGAGUACUGGCAGAGAGACAGCCAAAACACCGGCCACCGCCUAGCAACGUCAGCAAUUGCAACAGGAUCCCAGAGGAGCGACGGUACGCUCUGCCAUUGAAGAGUGUCUACAUGAGGCAGAUCGAUCACAUGGUGGGGCUUUUCUGAGUAAGAGGAUGCAUGUGAUGUGACAUUGGCACGAACAGGCCUUCAGCCCACCCACCCUCAGGUGCAGAUGCAGUGAGGUUUAAUAUAAUCCACUGUUGUGCUGCUCAGGAUCCAGACAGAAAACUGACACUAAAGGAAACCUGAGAAAGCAGCUUGGUUACUUGCUGUAUUCAUUUUAAAGCUUGUGUGUGUGUUUUUCACUCUGAGCAUGUAGUCGACAAAGGCGAACAACUUUUCUCCAGGAAAACGAGGACUCUUGCUUCAUUACUUUUUGGCUGGUGACGAGUUGAGAUUGUGUAAGUGGUUUUAGAAUUACUGGUGUGCUAUUGUGGAGCAACAAAAAAAGUGUCUGUUAAGGUGUUGGUUCAGGUUGAGUGUGUAUGCAUCGUGUGCGUGAUUGUGUGAGUGUCUGUGUGGAUGCAUAUUUGAAAUUACAGCUGUGAAUCAUUAUGUGUUUAUGGGAACAGUGCCAUCUAACCACACGUAUAAUGUAUAGCCUAUAAAAACACUUGCCUCUUUAAAAAAAAAAGAAAAAAAACACUCUCUAAACAUGAUGAUUAGUGCCUCUUUGCAGUUGACUCACUUGACUAAAUCAGUGCUUUUUACAUAAGGGCUGAACAUUAACAGAUACUGUUUUAAAGUGCCUUAAUUUUUUUGGUCUUUCUGGAUGCUGUGCAGUGGAUAUUAGCUGUGGGUGACGUUGUCAAGUAUUUUGGGAGGCCACCGUUGAUAUUGCACAAUCUGUCAUUCCAUGUUUAUGUAUAGUUUUACACUGAUACAUUAAGCUCCCUUUUUUAGACAUGAUGAAAACAAGCCAUAAAAUGUAUUUUUAAUAUUAAUGAGUGGAAACAUGUUUGUUUUCCAUCAUUUUUUCCGUCAGACGUAUUUAGUACACAGUUUAUUCAUUAGAUGGGCGUUAUAAUUUGUUUCUUUGUCUGUUUCUCUUCAUUGCACAUCAUCAUACCUAUUAAUUGUCAUGUGGUGAGAACUCAGGGUUUAAAGGAACAAAAAUCAAUGGAUGCUUUCAUUAAAAAAAAUAAAACGUUCUUGAAAUGU